UUAUGAUGAAAUUUUUCUAACUUGUAAUUUCUAUGGGAAUACCUUUUUUUAAUAAAUGUGCAUGUUUCUGUGUCCAUUCCCAAAUAGCAGGAGACCAUACAAAGAGCAGAUGUUACAAAGUGACGUCAUUGUGUGCACUACUGCUGUGCGUUCUCCUGCUGACUACAAUUACUUUGCUGUGGAUUGAAUGUAAGAACCUGAUUACAGAGAGAGACCAGUUAAUAACCAGAUACUACAACCUGACAAAUGAGAGAGACCAGCUCCAAACCAGUUACAUCAAACUUACUAUAGAUAAAGACCAGCUUCAGACCAGUUACAACGCCCUGUUUAUUGAGAGAUACCAGAUCCAAGCCAGUUACAACAACCUAACUAUAAAGAGAGACCAGUUACAAACAAGUUACCACAACCUAACUAUAGAGAGAGACCAGCUUCAGACUAAUAACAACAACCUGUCUAUAGAGAGAAACCAGAUCAAAGCCACUUACAGCAACCUGACUAUAGAGAGAGACCAGUUACAGACAACUAACCAGAACCUGACAAAUGAGAGAGACCAGCUCCAAACCAGUUACAAUAAACUCACUGUAGAUAGAGACCAGCUUCAGACCAGUUAUAACACCCUGUCUGUAGAGAGAAACUGGAUCCAAGCCAGUUACAACAACCUCAGUAAAGAGAGAGACCAGUUACAGACAAUGUACAACAACCUGACUAUAAAAAGAGACCAGCUCCAAACCAGAUACAACACUCUGAUUACACAGAGAGACGAGUUACUUACAAAAUACAACAACCUGACUAUAGAGAGAGAUCAACUUCAGACCAUUUACUACACCCUGUCUUUAGAUAGAAACCAAACUGAAGCCAGUUACAACAACCUGAGUAAAGAGAGAGACCAGUUACAGACCAGAUACAACACCCUGACAAAUGAGAGAGACAAGUUACUAACCAGAUGCAACAACCUGACAAUAGAUAGAGACCAGUUACAGACAAUGUACAACAACCUGACUAUAGAGAAAGACCAGCUCCAGACAAGUUACAACGUCCUGACAGUAGAAAAAGACCAACUCCAAACUAAUUACAACAACCUGACUAUAGAAAGAGACCAACUUCAUACCAGUUACAACAACUUGUCUAUUUAUAGAAACCGGAUCCAAGCCAGUCACAACAACCUGAGUAAAGAGAGAGACCAGUUACAGACAAUGUACAACAACUUGACUACAGAGAUAGACCAGCUCCAGACAAGUUACAACAACCUAACCAUAGAAAGAGACCAACUUCAUACCAGUUACAACAACUUGACUAUAGAGAGAGACCAGCUCCAGACAAGUUACAACAACCUAACCAUAGAAAGAGACCAACUUCAUACCAGUUACAACAACUUGACUACAGAGAUAGACCAGCUCCAGACAAGUUACAACAACCUAACCAUAGAAAGAGACCAACUUCAUACCAGUUACAACAACUUGACUAUAGAGAAAGACCAGCUCCAGACAAGUUACAACAUCCUAACCAUUGAAAGAGACCAACUUCAUAUCCGUUACAACAACUUGACCAUAGCGAGAGACCAGUUACAGAAGGAAAAAGAAGAUUUCCAGAGGCAUUCGAAGCUCGGAUGGAUGUAUUUCAGCUCCCAUACAUACUACAUUUCUACUGAUAAGAAGAACUGGACUGAGAGCAGACAGUACUGCAGAGAGAAAGAAGCAGAUCUGGUGAUCAUAAACAACACAGAGGAACAAGAGUUCAUCAAGAAAUUGCUGUGCAGCAGAGGAAAAGCUUGGAUUGGUCUGACUGACAGAGACAGAGAGGGCGAGUGGAAGUGGGUGGACGAUACAUUACUGACCACUGGGUAUUGGUUUAAUGAAGAACCGAACAGUAAAGCUGGAGAUGAGGACUGUGUUAUAACAGGUGAAGUGUCCGAUCCGGACUGGAACUGGGCUGAUUAUCCCUGCAAUUAUGAGUUUAUUUGGAUCUGUGAGAAAACAAUGUUUAACUGAAUUGUUGUAUGUGAAUAAUAAUCAGAAAAUUGAAUUGGUAUUUUUAUCUGUGUAGAUUAGUGUGUUAUGUGUCUGAAAAAUCCUCACUACUGUUAAUAACUCUAUAAAUGUCACUGGUUGUGUGUCACAAGCAUGAAUGUAAAUGUGGUUUAUGGUCAGCAAUCUGCUGUAAAUUUUAAGCGAAAGCCUAAGGUGCUUCUGGCAGGUGUAUAAAACCAACACAUUACCACCAUUUUUGGGACCAACCAUGAUGCAGGGAUUGUAUUAAAAUAUUGAGAAGUCUAAAAGUGUAGAUUGUGUGAAAGGUAACAAGAUAAAGAUGAAUAUAAUUGUGAUAUUGAGAUGACUGUCCCUUGGCUUAACUCCCAAUAACUGGCAUAAAGUGUUGAAAUCGGACACUCCUUCCAUACCAGAAAAUAUAUAUAUAUAUAUAUAUAAUAACUUCACUAGUUGGAUAUUUCUAAUCUUGUGAUCCACUUUAUCCCAGAGCAGUUCAAUAGGAUCUAGGUGCAGGGACUGAGCAGGCCAUUCUAGCUAACUGUUUGCUCUUGUUGUAUGGUGAAGUCGAUUCCAAUAAACCGCAGUCCAGAAGGAAAUUUCAGGGUGUUGAUGUAUGUGGAAUGGUUGCCAUGUUGGUUCUUUUCACAAGUUUGGGAUUGUGCUCCGAAACAACCCCAAACCAUUAAGCUUUCACCUCCAUGUUAGAUUGUGGGGGUGAGGGAGUCUGAUCACAUCUUCUCUCCGUCUUACACAUGUUCUUCUGUUAAAGACAAAAUUGUCAAAUUUGGACUCAUCUGUCCACAGAACAUUCUUCCAGUCACCUUUAUUUUUAGUUUGCUGCAUAGAAACAACAUGAACAUGCAUGUGUCUCAAAAACCAUUAAAGACCCCCUCUUAAAAAUACUUAACAGUACUUUUACUCUAGGAAAAUAUUUUAUUACUCUUUCCACCUCUGCACUACUCCCUCUCUCUCUGUUAAAGUGUGUUUAUUGGCAGUUAACUUGCAGACCGAAAACCAUUAUUUUUGCACAAUAGUUUCACUUUUGCCUCCUAACUGAUGUUUUAAUUAACUUGCAUUAAUAACUGUCAUGUCUUCAUGCCCCACUAAAAGGCCGUGGCCCACAAUUUGAUACCCACUGUAUUAGACACACAUAUUAAUGAAUCAAUUAUUUAAAUCAUCAUUCGAAUGAGCUUUAGGGUUUUUUGUGACCCAAUUAAAUCAAAUGUUUCUUCAGUACAAAUACUUUGUUAUUGCACUUAAGUACUAUUUUACUUUCACUCAUUAAAUUUUUACACA